AUGCGAGAAUUCACGCUCGAAGAGGUUGGCGUCCAUCAGAGUAAGAGUGACCUGUGGGUUGCCAUCCAUGGAAAAGUCUACGACGUGACGAAUUACACGAAAGACCACCCCGGUGGUGUCGACGUCCUGGCCGACGUUGCCGGAAAAGAUGCGACUCAGGCGUACGAGGAUGUUGGACAUUCAGAAGAUGCGAACGAGAUCCUGGAAUCAUAUCUGGUUGGCGCGUUAAAAGAUGCUGCGGAAUACAAGGCCCCUGCAACGGUGAAAGUGAUCCAGGAUCAGCCCGAGCAACAGCCCCCCAAGAGGAGCUCAAACACUGUCCGCACCCUGAGCCUCACUGCUGGCUCGCUCCUCUCCCUCUUCAUUGCCUCUAAUUCAUUGGCGAGUCAUUUGAAUGUUCAGAGCUUCGCCAAGAACCUUUCUCGGAGGAUUCCCUUGUCAGCGAGUGGGCUUUCUGAAGCCCUCCCACACGGAGGAUUUGCCAAUGGAGUCGUCGCCACAGCCUGUGCCUGUGCUGCACUGGGGGGUGCGGUGGCAUUUCGACUGUCGAAGCUGACCGAGGUUGACUCGGGAUUCACCAAAUAUCCUCCUCAUAUCAAAAGAAGCACCGUCCACAAGACCGAUCCCCAUCUUAUCCGGGGCUUUCUCCAGCCAAAGGAAUACAGGACCCUGCCUCUUGUGGAAAAGAAUCUCCUGGCGCCCAAUGUUUAUCACUUCGUCUUCCAGCUCCCUCGCAAUACCGAUGUCAUCGGUCUUCCCAUUGGACAGCACGUGGCGAUCAAAGCAACAAUCGAUGGCCAAUCCGUGUCCCGAUCCUAUACUCCGACAUCCAACAAUCUUGAUCUCGGCAGAUUGGAACUUGUGAUUAAGUGUUAUCCAGAUGGCCUGCUCACCGGAAAGUAUCUCACCGACCUGAAACUAGGCGAUAAGGUUGCUUUUAGAGGCCCUAAGGGUGCCAUGCGCUACAAGAAGGGCCUUUGUAAGAGGAUUGGGAUGAUUGCUGGCGGCACUGGGAUAACGCCCAUGUACCAGCUGAUUCGCGCAAUUUGCGAAGACGACACGGAUACAACGGAGAUUCAUUUGAUCUACGCCAACCGUUCGGAGGAUGAUAUUCUGUUAAGGGAUCAGCUUGAAGCUUUUGCGUCGGCAUACCCGAUGACCCUUAAGAUUUGGUACAUGCUCGAUCAACCACCCCAGCAAUGGCCGUAUGGGAAGGGCUAUAUUACACCUUCUGUCAUGCGCGAAAAGCUUCCAGCACCGUCGCCAGACACUAAGGUCAUGCUCUGUGGCCCCCCUGGCAUGGUGAAUGCGUGCAAGAAAGGCUUGGCUGGGUUGGGGUUCGAAGCCCCUGGGCCUGCUUCCAAAAUGACCGAUCAGAUCUUUUGUUUCUAG